CUUCCCGUCGGUUUCUCAACCUUCAAUUCCUUACACAGUAGGUCAUUCAUUGAUGGCGGCUGAGGCUGAACUCCUCACCAAAGUACUAUGGCAUAUCGGUCAGCCAUGUUCAAGUUGUCGGAUGUCUGAAGUUUUCACACUAAAUCACGUUCACCUUCUUUGACACGCAUUUCCGUUUGCAAGUACCAAUAAGUUGCCUCGGCCUGUUCACCGAGUCACCGAAACACUUCAAUCUGGAAUCCAAGGGAAUCUUGAUACGGCAAUGUCCACGACUAUAUGUGUUUGCCGUUCGUUGGACAAGUUACACCGCCCAAACGAUCCAGUCGAGGCUGUCCCGCAUACUUGCAUAAGAAGAGGUGCGACGGCAAGCGAGUCUUAACAGAGCUCAACAGAAUAGGUGGAAUGUCUGGCUGAUCUGUUCGUCACAAUCAUCGGUCAGGCUGUCAGCCAAAAAAGAUUGUGAGCCAGUGGGAGGUAAUAAGGCUCGCUCAAUGUCCUUCUUCCCCCGCGCUGGACUUUUGGGUCGGAUAUGGUAGUAGUUGCUCAGUGGGAGCCUCAAUUGUUCUUCAAACGAUCACUACUCAAAAGAACUGUCAUGAUCAGGCUUGGACUCCCGUCAGACGUUGAUGCCAUCACCAAUGUCAUCAUCAAGACAAUGCCCCUCGACCCGCAAUGGGACUACCGUUUCCCUCUGCGGAAAGAAUUUCCCGAGGACCACUACAAGUACACGCGCAUGUUAUUCGAAUACUUCUUAGACCCUUCGUUUGAUGACUGGACAGUCAUGGUGAUUGAAGACGUUGACCCCGCCGGCAGCGAGAAGCUCAAGAUCGUCUCCAUUGGCGUAUGGGAUGUCUCGUAUCUGAACAAACGCAAAGAUGGACCACACCAUGUCCCCCAGGACCCUAAUCGUGAAGUUGACAAGCGAGGAGGCAGCACACGUAGAGAUGCCAACCAGCAACACUUCGAUGCCUUCCACAAUGGUCAGGCCAAGGCCUACAAGAAGUACUUUGGGGACAUUGGGCCGGAGCAGCUUCAUCUUCAGAUCCUGGCAACCUUACCAGACUUCCAGAGACGUGGCCACGCGACUACGCUUUGCAGAUGGGGUAUGGACAUCAUUCGCAGAGAGUCCUUGAAGGACAUCUCGGUCAUGGCGAGCCCUAUGGGAUAUCACCUGUACACACGGCUGGGCUUCGAUCACCUUGCCACCGUCAUCAUUCAGGUCCUCGGAGAAGAUGAGAAACUUGUUCUUCAAGCGAUGAAGUAUGCCUCUAUCGUGGAUGGAAAAUUGGCAAAUCUGUAGCUGCUCAUACGGCUAUGGCUGCUAAAG